GUUUGUUCGUCAGUAUCCGUUUGCCCUGCAUGCCCUGUGGUCCCUACUGAGUGGUCGAACCCUGGUGGUCCUGGGAUCUGAGGAGGGGAGGGUCAGGAGGCUGGUGUCCGCUCUGGCCCUCUACGUGCCUGGACCCGGGCGCUGUGGGGAGAGGGUACAGCCCUGGCUCUCCUGCCCCUUCAGCCUCACUGACCUACAGAGAUGGAAACUCAUAGGACUGCAGAGGAUGGCGUCUCCGGUGGGGACCAGCAUGCUCUGCUCUCUGUCUCGCUACAGCCGUUACAUCUCCGUCCUGGACGCCGACCGGAAGACCCUCCGUUGCCCCGGCUACCGCGGAACCCUCCUGGCCAACGUGGCGGACCACCGAACCCGUCUGCGUCGAGGUUCAACCUACUUCCUUCAUCUCCAGAACGUGCUCAGUGGACUGGCUUCCCGGGCCUUCCUCCUUAGCUUUACGCAUCACCUCCACCUUCCCAUCAGCCACCUGGAGGAGAGACAGGAAGUGGAGGAGAGGACGAGAGGCUUCCUGAGGGAUCAGCUCAGGCUUGGGGAAGACGACUGUUCCAUCCUGAUGUACCUGAGUCAGCUGAUCACACAGCACUACCUGGACAGUACCUCCGGAGGAGCUGUUACUACACAACCCCACCUGGAGAAGGAGAACACGCCUGGAACCACACAGCAGGACCUGGAAGCUAACAACAUACUAGACCCUACCACUGGGGGCACUAUAAACUCAGAGCAGUACCUAGACCCUACCACAGGGGGUGCUGUAGACCAACAAGACCCUGAGUCUAAUACUGGAGGCAGAGUGAAUACAGGGCAGUACCUAGACCCUACCACUGGGGGCGCUAUAACCCCAGAGACGGGCAUAGAGCCUACCACUGGGGGCGCUAUAACCUCAGAGACGGGCCUAGACCCUACCACUGGGGGCACUAUAACCUCAGAGACGGGCCUAGACCCUACCACUGGGGGCGCUAUAACCCCAGAGACGGGCCUAGACCCUACCACUGGGGGCGCUAUAACCCCAGAGACGGGCCUAGACCCUACCACUGGGGGCGCUAUAACCCCAGAGACGGGCCUAGACCCUACCACUGGGGGCGCUAUAACCCCAGAGACGGGCCUAGACCCUACCACUGGGGGCGCUAUAACCCCAGAGACGGGCCUAGACUCUACCACUGGGUGCGCUAUAACCCCAGAGACUGGCAUAGACUCUACCACUGGGGGCGCUAUAACCCCAGAGACGGGCCUAGACCCUACCACUGGGGGCGCUAUAACCCCAGAGACGGGCCUAGACCCUACCACUGGGGGCGCUAUAACGCCAGCGCAGUACAUAGACCCUUCCACUGGGGGCGCUAUAACCCCAGCGCAGUACCUCGACCCUACCACUGGGGGCGCUAUAACCCCAGAGCAGUACCUAGACCCUACCACUGGGGGCGCUAUAACCCCAGAGCAGUACCUCGACCCUACCGUCCAUCAGUCUGCUACUAGGAGCAGAGCUCCACCCAGCUUCACCUUUAACUACACCACCAGUCUCCUAUACAAGAUCUGAUCUGAAACACUGACUGGGGCCGAAUCUCCUGAGAGCCUUCAAGUCCUCUCUACUCACCUCCUCAAAACAACACCGGAGGAGACAGAUCUGCGGUAGAUUCACUCUGGGUUGGAGAUGGGAGGGCCCAUCUCUGUCUCCUAGGUAAUCAGGAGAGACUGGGGGCCUGUCUCUGUCUCCUAGGUAAUCAGGAGAGACUGAGGGCCCGUCUCUGGUCUCCUAGGUAAUCAGGAGAGACGGAGGGCCUGUCUCUGUCUCCUCGGUAACCAGGAGAGACUGAGGGCCUGUCUCUGUCUCCUAGGUAACCAGGAGAGACUGAGGGCCUGUCUCUGUCUCCUAGGUAACCAGGAGAGACUGAGGGCCUGUCUCUGUCUCCUAGGUAACCAGGAGAGACGGAGGGCCUGUCUCUGUCUCCUAGGUAACCAGGAGAGACGGAGGGCCUGUCUCUGUCUCCUAGGUAACCAGGAGAGACUGA